GUCUGCUGCACCUGAGCUUUGGCGCUAGCUAGCUAGGUUGGUUUGUUGGUUGGUUGGUAGGCAGGUAGGUAAGUAGAUGGGUAGGUAGGUUGGUAUGUAUUGCCUGAUGCUGGACGUGUCGGUGCAAUACGUUUGAUCGAGCCAAGCGUCCAAGAUUUAAAGUCGCUCAGUUGUGUCUACAACUAUUAAUUAAUAACUUUUUUUUGGCAUGCAUGCAGUCAGCGAUCAUUCGUUUUCCUGACGUUAGCAGGCGCUAACACUCUGAUUGCUAACGUUAGCAAGUCUUUCUUCUCUGGCGUUGUCAGACAUUUUGGGCAGGAUUAGGAAUUUCAUUAAACUCCAACUGGCUAACGUUGCACUGCCUCUAUUUUAUAGCUAGAUAGUUAACUGAGGUUGUCUGCCUACUUGUUGUGAGACAUUGCACCCUGAAAUGUUAUCAGUCAGACAGAUAUUAGUGCACGCUUCAGAGUUUCGUUCUCUGUAGUAGCUAACGUCAGUAACGUUAGACUAUUCAUAGACGCUAGCUAGUUAACUCGAGUCUAGGAUAAACGGCAGUAGAAUGCCACCUUGGGGUUCUCGAGAGAAACUAACGUAGUAGCUGCUGGUGGACCAUCAUGACAGCUCCUCAAUACAUGUUUUUACGGGGCUAACGUUAGCUAGCUAACUAUAAUCGUCUCGACUAAGCCUUGCUGAGCUGUAGUCGUUCAUUCCUUGCUCUGUUUAUAGUUGCCCUGUCAUCUUUUUCAGGUGAUUGACUUGGGAUGGAAGUUCUAAACUGCUGUCUAUGGAUUUCACUGGCUUGCAACCAUCCUUGUCAUGCCUUUCAAACCACAAUCUGUUCAACAGUAUACCAUGUAGCCCGCUACUUGGUAACUUUUUACUGAAGGAAACAGUUCAUCACUUGCAGAUGCAACUCCCUUGGAUCUAGCUAGUGUAUGGACAUGGAUCAUGAUGAGGUCCCGUCGGAGCUGGAUCAGAUUGCACUGCGUCUGCAGGAGGGCGGCUUGGCUCCCUCGGCAAGUGCGGAGGAGUGUCAGCGGCACCUGUGGCGUCAGCUCCUGCAUUGUGAGGGAGACCUGCGCACAGCUACCCAGGAGCUGCACACACUGCGCACACAGCAGGCCACCGAGAUGAAAGAGGUGGAGAACUAUGUGGAGCACAUCCGUGGCCUGCUGGAGGAGCGUGAGUCUCUGACAGCCGAGUAUGAGCAGGACAACGAGCAGCUCCAUGCAGACCUCCAGCAGAUUAGGCUCCAGCAAGAUUCCCAGAGGAAGGAGGUGGUGGAGAUGCUGGCCCAGGAGGACUUGGGUGAAAUUGGCCUCAGUAGCACCAGUGAGCAGGUGGCCUACCUGCUGGUGGAGAGGGCCACGUUGUUGGAGAGACUGGAGGAUGCAGAGAGGAGGUUGGACACGCAGAACCUCACAGGCAACCUCAGGGAGGUCCACCUGCAGGACGAGCUGGAUCAUAUUCGCCACACUCUGGAGGAAGAGUUAAGACAGCAGAGAGAGACCAUGCAGCGUACCAAAGAAAGCAUGAGCCAGGAGCAGCAGUCUCCAGCUCAGAGGCCUUGGAAGAAGCUGUUUGGCCCACGCAAGUCCUCACAGAGCACACACAAUGGUGCACCUGUCCACAAUGAGGACAUAUCCCAGGAGCGCUCCGAGCGCCAGCGACUGGAGAGGGAUCUGGAGGAGGCAUCUCGGAGGCUCUCCAUGGCCCACGAGGACAUCCGCAGACUGACAGACAAGCUGGAGUCUGCCAAGAAGACCCAAGCCAUGUGUGGGCUUGAGCAAACUGGUCAAGAGGUGGAGAGCCUGAGGAAGGAGGUGGACAAGCUGAAGCAAUGUGAUACGCUGGAGCUGCAGAGGGCGAAGGAGCACAAUGAAAGACUGGAUGGGGAAAUCUGGGUUCUGAGAGAGCGAGUGCGCUCCCUGGACUCUGAGAAGAAAACCCUCUUACAGGGGGAGGGCAAUAGCAGUGAGCACCCUAAAGAUCUGCCUAUGAUGUUGUUGACCACAUCGAAACCUGAGGAGCAGGAGCAGAUUCAUAAAAGGUGUCGCGAGGCUGUGGAGGACGUGGGCUGCCAGCUGCGGGAGCUGCAGCGGCGCAUGCAGAGGCAGCAGCGGGAGCAGGAGGAGCUGGUGGAGAGGAACGAAGAGCUGGAGGCGCUACUGGGAGAGGCCCAGAACGCCAGCAAGGAGGAGUGCCAACUCCACGAGGGUGAACUCGAGGGACUGCACCGCAAGAUUAAAACCCUAGAGGCAGAGCUGAAGAAGAUAUGUGCUCAGGACCAGGUACUGAAGGAUGGAGGUGUCGUCGGCAGAGAGACCGAGACGUACUUACAUCAGUUAAGGGACAGCAGUCAGGAGAGGGUGGCCCUGCUGGAGGCUCGUCUGACCGAAGAGAAGGAUUGGAGGAGACAGCUGGAGGUAGACCUCGGCUCUGCCCAGAUUGCACUUAAAAGUAACAAAGAGACACUGCAGAGAGAUGAGAGGGAGCUGAGGAAGUUGCGAUUGGAGAUACAGGGCCUGCAAACUGAAUGUCAACAAGGGAAAACGCUCAUCAAGAGCCUAACGCAAGUUAAAGGGGAAAAGGGAAUCUUGGAAGAGAAAGUGGCCCAGUUGGAGCGAGCUCAGAGCAGACUCCAGAGUGACCAGGAGCACCAGACAGAGAGCAGCCGGACCCAGGAGGACCUGAGGGAGAGCAGGACGCAGGUGGAGGAGCUGGGAGCGAAAGUGGAGCGACUCACUUCGGUGCUCUCCUGCUUGGAGGAAGAGCAUUGCACACUGCGGGAUGAGAUGGUGCAGGAGAGGAGGCGGGCCGCAGACCUCCAGGCCCAGCUGAGUGAGCGGGUCCGGGAGAAGCUGACCGCUGAAGGGGAGAAGGAGAGACUGGGCAUCGAGCUACUCCGGCUCAGGGAACAACUCCAACUCUCCACCCAGACCCGACAGGAGACCGCAGGACCCACCAGGCCCAGACAGGAUACCCCAGAAUCAGACUACAGCUUCCUCCUAACAGAGAGGACCAAAGACGAAUGCCUCAACCAGCUGGCGUCUCUAAAGUGUGAGCUGAGUCGUCUGCACGCCACCCUGGAGGAGGAGCGGCAGCUGGCCAAUCAGCACCAGCUGGCCCUGCAGGCCCAGAUCAACGAGGCCCAGGCCCGCACUAAGUCCCAGGACUCCGUGCUGGGGCAGAAAGCUGAGGAGAGCAAGCAGCUGAAGCAGGACCUCCAGAGAGCCCAGAGUCUGUUCACCUCGGCUGAGAGGGAGCUACGCUACGAGAGAGAGAAGAACCUGGACCUCAAGAGACACAACGCCCUCCUGGACCAGGAGAAGAUCAAGGUGUGUGCGGAGCUAAAGCAGGCCCAGGCAAAGCUUUCCCAGGCAGAGCAGACUGGCUCGGGGCAGGCUGCGGAGAUGGAGCGGCUGCAGCACAGGCUCCGAGAGCUGGAACUGGAGCUGGCCCGCAGCGGGCAGAGCCACAACACCAACGCAAGCCUGCAGGAGGAGCUUCAAGCAGAGAGAGUCCGCGUCAUCUCCGCAGACAAGAAGGUGUUGGAGCUGCAGCAGAAGCUGAAGAGUGCCCACCACCAGCUUCGUCUGGAGGAAGCCCGAGCCGGGGAGACCAGCCGGCUAGAGAGGGACAGUAGGGACAUGUCCGACACCCUCUCCUCUCUCCGAGCCAGACAGCUGGAGGACCAGCUCCAGAGGAAGCUGUUGGAGCAGAGGGAGGAGGAGCUGCAGCAGCAGGUGCGUUCUCUGAGGGGGAAGGAGGUAUCACUGGGACGCAACAACUCAGAGCUCAAACACCUCACACAGCAGCUGGAGACACGCCUAGCUGUCCUGGAAGCUGAGCAUGGCAAGGCCAGAGAGGAGCAGAGAGAGAGCCAGAGGUCGUGUCUUCAGCUGGGAGAGGAGUUGGUGGCCAGUCAGCAGGAGAGUGAACGGCUCCAGGAGGAGCUCCAGCAGGUCAUCACACAGCUGGACACUUACAUCAGGAAGUACAAUGAGAAACAGUCGCAGCACAAGACCAAGCUGAGGAAGGCCAAGCAGAUCUUCCUGAUGGCCACGGCCCAGAGAGACCGCACCAUCCAGAAACUGGAGAACGACCUUGCCCUGGCCUCCAGCCUCUCCCACAAGGAGAAAGACUGGAUCAGGACAGUUAUGGAGGAGAAUGAAAAAUUACUGGUAGAGAAGAGAGAACUUCUGAGGAGGAUGAGCGAGGCAGAGGAGAUGGGGAGCAACGGCCUGAGAAAGGCCUCCAAUGUUCAGCACAGGGUCAACUUUCUGGAGGUGGAGAACAGACAACUUCAGGAAAGAACUUUAAAGUUGGCCAAUCAAGUCGGAACGCUAGAGCGGGCUCUGAGGAACGUCCAAUCACAAUCGCUCUGCAACCUAGAGGAUAUCAAGAAAAUGUUUCCUUCUGAAAGUCUUGCGAACGACAGCAUCCUUCAUAAGUCAACAUUAAGUAACCACCUGUCUGUCUGCAGUCUGACAUCAGGUGCGUGUGACCCUCUGGGCAUCCUCAAUGCCAUCUGCCGGGUGAAGGUGGGCGAGCACGUGGAGGGCAUCCAGACGUCGUCCUCCACACCCCAUUCCCAGUUGCAGUCCUUUGAACUGGGCUACCUGAACCUCACCUCCCCUGUAUCUCCCCCAGACACCAAAGACCCAGAGGAGAGUGACCAGUGACCAGAAAGUGAUUUGUGUGGGGAGUGACUAGUUAUGAGGAAGAGGUUAAAGGGUGGUGAGGACCCUGGUAUACAAAAUGACUGCUCCAUUGACCACAGGAGAAUCUGUCACUGUUACUCUAGUCUUGGUCUCUGCGUUACCAUUCUUCCAAGUCUCUAAGGAAGCCUGGAAGCUGAGGCUACUGUUACUUACCUUUGAGGUGUUGACCUGAGUGUUGAUUUUACAAGACAAUUAUGUCAUUGUGUACAAAAUAGACAGUUGUGAGAAUUUUUAAUGCGAUGCCUCCACUAUAACGACAAUUCAUGGUCUUUUCUGCUUUGCCUGUGGAACACAGUUCGAAUUGUGGAAUUAUACCACUGACUCCCUCAUUUGGCUUGCAGCUGCUGCCUUAUCUCCCUUGAGUUCACAGUGGGAUGUUUGAAACGUGAGCUUUUGGGGGUUUGGCUGGUUAAGUCUGUGGGAGUGUGUCAAUGGCCAACAUUGAAAAUAGUAUUUUGAACAGUGACUUGUGUGAUUUGAGCUUAAGUGCAACUAUUCGAUUGGAAGUGGAAGUAACUAGUUCACUAAGAUAUGGUCUUUUGUGGAUGCACUAAAUGUGGAUGCACUUACUUUUAAAUCCUCCAAAUGCUACGAUGGUCUUUAUAUUCAGAAAAUAAGGCCAAACUGAACAUGGAGCCCUUAUGAAGGUCUGGAGGUGGUAUGACUACAUUUACAUUGAAUCAAAUAUGUGUCUUUGUAUUCAAGGAAAAGACUGGUAACUUUUUAAUUUAAUUUCUACACUAAUACAGUGAGGUCCAAAAGUAUUUGGAAUGUGACUCCUAUUUUGUUGUUUUGGCUCUGUACUCCGGCACUUUGGAUUUGAAAUGGUACAAUGACUUAUGGUUCAAGUGCAGAAUCUCAGCUUUAAUUUUAUGGUAUCUUCAUCCAUAUCAAGUGAAUUGUUUAGAAACCACAGUACUUGUUGUACAUAGUCCCCCUAUUUUACGGAACCAAAAGUAUUUGGACAAAUUCACUUGUGUGUAUUAAUAGUCAAAAGUUUAGUAUUUGGUCCCAUAUUCCUAGCACGCAAUUACUACAUCAAGCUUGUGACUCUACAAACUUGUUGGAUGCAUUUUGCAGUUUGUUUUGAUUGUGUUUCAGAAAAGUUUGUGCCUAAUAGAAAUUCAUGGUAAAUAAUGUAUUGGUUCAUUUUGGAUGAACUUUUAUUGUAAAUAAGAAUAGAAUAUGUUUCUAAAUACUUUUACAUUCAUGUGGAUGCUACCAUGAUUACGGAUAAUAAUUUAAUGAUGAGUGAGAAGGUUACAGGCAUAAAUAUCAUAAGUACAUUUUCCCUAAAACUUUUGGUUCCCUAGAAUCAUGGGACUAUGUACAAAAAGUGCUGUAAUUUCUAAACGUUUCACCCAAUAUGGAUGAAAAUACCCUCAAAUCCAAAGUGCUGGAGUACAGAGGCAAAACAACAAAACAUUUGUCACUGUCCAAAUACUUUUGGACCUUACUGCAUGUGUCUGACCUCAAUGUACCAUAGUAACAAUUAAAUGACAGUGGUGUGAAAGAGCCGUUUGAAAUUAUCACCUUUUUUUUUUAGAAUAUGCUCGAGUUGGUUUACAUUCUGAGGAAUGUGGCAAUGAAACGGUAGCUGUAGGAUUGAACUUAAAUCCAUUCUUGGCAUUUUAUUUUCUAUGAAAAACUCAUGCCUUUUGGGAUUGUAAUAUGUUUUAGGAUGUUUUCUGAGAUUAAGUCUUAACGUGGUUCAAGGCGUAUCUGUUAAGUUUACAAACGUGUUUUCUAUCGAGUGGACCAAUGGUGUUACGAGGGCGAGAAUGUUACAUACAACUGGAUGUGUUGUAAUGAGGCAGAUACAGUAUGUGUGUGUAGCCUAAUGCUAAGAAGCAGAUUGUUGGCUUUCAAAUAGCCAUUAUUAGCAAUCCUAAUAUUAUCACUCAAACCACUACAAACCUGUACUCUGGUGUAGACUAUACUAUACCUCUGUUCAUUAUGUUCUUAACUAAAAUGCGUUUUAAUGUGGCAAACAAUACCGUUUGUUGUCUCUUAUGUAAGAGAUUCUGGCGCAGCAUCUCAGUGCUAGAGGCGUCACUACAGACCCUGGUUCGAUCCCGGGCUGUACCACAACCGGCCGUGAUCGGGAGUCCCGUCCCAUAAGGCGGCGCUCAAUUGGCCCAGCGUCGUCCGGGUUAGGCCAUCAUUGUAAAAUAAGAAUUUGUCCUUAACUGACUUGCCUAGUUAAAUAAAGGUUAAACAUUUUAAGAAAGAUACUAAGUUUUACAAUAGUUUGUUUUGCUUUGAAUGGGAUCCACUUGCAUGCCCAUUUAGAGGUCAGUGUUUUAGGUACUUUAUCAUUUAAAAAGAAAAAAAAGCUGCUUAUUUUUUAUGUAACUUUUGUGGGAGUGACAUUAAUAUCUUGUCGAGGUUCGGGCCUGCUUGGUAGUCUUGGAAAAUACCAUAUUCACAGUAUACACAUCAUUUGAUAAUCUGUUACAGUAAUGCAUUUCUUUUUCACUAUAGAUUUUUAAGUUUGUGUAGUAUGACUCUUAGAUGUUUUAACCACAAAGCGAUUUUAAUUUAGCAAUGUUUUAUAAACAUGGAAUUUUAACCUUUUUUAUUUCGCCACUGACAACUUACAAUCAUUCACUGUAGCAGUUAGAGAUUGAUUCAGCAAGGAAUGUACAUUAAAUAAUAUGGUAUGGUAUGCUUUGUAAUCCUCCAUUUUGUCUUCAAGGUGCCUGUAAUGAUCAAGUGUAAUGCUCUGUCCUGCUGCUAAACUGAGAGGGAAUAUCAAUCUACAAAUAAUGCUUGCUCUUAACAGUCAUAUUCAUUAGAGUAAUUAACAUUAACUUUUAGGUACUAAUGUAAAUGUGAUUUUUUUUAUAAAGAUAAUAAACAUGUAUUUUCAUAAAUAAAGGUCAUUCAAUCUUC